CAUGGCAAAUCUAACGAACCACACGUAUACUAGUUUCUAUGACUACGCUGAGCAAAACAUUGCUAUUCCCCGUCGCAGCUUAUCAACGGUAUUGUUAAAUACGCAGAAGAUACGCUGCUAAUCGCUGUUUCCUCCCGAUCGCAACAUCUCCCAGAUUAACGUUUAACUUACGAUUUGUGCGACUUGCGACUAACGUCUGACGUUCCAAUUCAAGAGCCCAUUUCGAGCAAAUGGACUCCGAGAGAAACGAUUCUGGUAAGAUCGGAGAACGACCGAUCACUCGGUGGCGGCGGGACCAGGAAGACGUGCAACCUAGCACAUCGAGCAAGAUCGACAGGCCGCCGACAGGCAUUGUAAGACCUCAGAGCAAGUAUGAGAGACCGAGAUCUCGACGCGGGCACAAGGAUGAGUCGUCGGAAUAUGUUAGCUCGGCUACGUAUCGCUCAGCGACACCCGGACGCCUCGCUCUCGCGAGACCGCCGUCGGCGUCCCUUCUGUCUAAUCGUGCACCGACUGCGGGCCCGUCCGGUCUCAGGAUAGGCUCUGGACUGGUUCGUACCAGCACAGGACUGGCAACUACGAAACAAUUCAACGUCAGCAUGCUGGACAGGCCAAUUACGCAGCACGGGAUAGCGGGCGUGCGACCAGGCACCACCAGGGGUUUGCCGAUGACAAGACAGAUUCAGGACAAGAGGUACUACGAGGGCCUGCUGCAGUUAAAAAUAAGAGAACUAACGCAAGAGAUCGGAACGAUAAUGAAGGAUAUUGAAGUGCAGAACAAAGAAAAGGCCACCUUUCUGCAUUACGACAAAAGAGCCAAGAGUUUGGCCGCGGAGUUGACGACUCUGCAGACCGAGUUAGCGGACUAUAAUCUUAUCGUGGACAAAAUGACCCUGGACGAGGAUAAGGAGGUGAUCGAGGAGGAGGCUAAGGAGCUGGCACUGAUGAAUGACCGUAGGACGGCGGAAGUUGAACGGAUGUUCGAGCAACGGAAGCAAAUGGAACAGAAACUGCACAAAAUGGAAAAGGACAUCGAGAAUGAAAGGAAAAGAACCGAACAUAUCAUUGAAAGUAUGGAUCCGCACACAAAGGAGAAGUACAACGAUCUGUUCGGACAGAAGACGGAAUUGCAGGAACAGGCACAGCAGAUGCAGCGCGAAUUGGACCAACUGUCGAAGGAGCAAUCGCACUUGGAGGAGCAGAUUGCUCUUUCUCAAUUGAAGCAGGAGGCAGUGAAGCUGCAAGUGAGAAUCAUCGAGGCGGAGGAGAAGCGGGAUAAAUUGCGGGAGGAAGAACGCAGACGGUUGUCGCCGGAGGACGAGAAAGAGCAGCUUCUGCAGAAGAUCAAGCGCGACAACACUGACAUUGCUGCGACGGAGGCGCAGAUAGCCGAGAAGGAGAAGAAGAUGGCAGAACUCGAGCAACAACUGGAACAGCUGGAGACCGACAUGGAGGAUAAUCAGUCAGAGAAGCAAACCAAGUAUCAGGAAUUGCGUAAGCGCGAGGAGAUGAUGGAGGAGUUCAUGUCCACGUAUGAACAGAGCAAACAGGAGGAAAUGGAGAAGCUGGAGAAACUCGAGCGGGAGAUCGUUGACAAACUGGAGACCAUGGCGAACGCAGUAGAGAACAACGAGUACCUCACGGAAGCCGAAGAGACGGCCAUUUUGCGCGACAAGUUCCCAUACAACGAUUACGAGACGGUGCAUCGCGAUGACGACUACGAGGAGCUGAAGAAAGAUUACGCGACCAUGCAACAGACGUUCAACAGACUGAGGAUUCUGGAGGAGAAGCUGCAACUGGAGUCCAAGCAAAUGAAAGAGAAGCUGAAGAAGCAACAGAGCGAGUUGAUUGUCCUGGAAGAUCUGGACGGCUUAAAAACGCGAAAUGAGCUUCAGCGGGAUGAGCUAGUCGCCGAACGGGAAGGACUGAUAUCCGAGGAGUCAACUUGCGAGGACGAGCUCAAGUCGCUGCGAGCGGAAUAUAAUGAGUUCAAAGAGCGAGUGAAAAAAUAUACGAUUUAUCCAGAGAUCAGUAGCCUAGAGGAUAAAUUGGAAAAAUUAAAAGAAGAUAAUAAAGAGAUCGAGGAAUUUAUAGUCAAAGAAAAGGAACGCGCUAAUUACGAGCCGCUCAAAGAAAAAGCUUUCAAACUAAUUAAUGAUUAUGGUGCGUUGCUUCAAGAGAAUCUAAAAUCUCUUUAUUAGAUAAUGCGUUACUUUAUUAUUACUAAUAUAAGAGCAUUUAUCUCCUAACAGUAUUUGUUCGAAAAUAAUAAAUACGAAAUAAUAAUAAAGAAUAAGACGACAGAAAUUCCCAUAAUCAAAAUUUCAUUUUUUCAAUUAUUUUUAUUACAGACUGCAAAGUUUUUUCUUAAGAAAUUCUAUUAUCUGGUUACUUUACCAAUCUUUGGAUUAUCAUUAUUCCACAUGUAUUGUUGUUCUUAAGAUUCUCUUCUGUUUAUUUAUCACUACUAUCUCAGAUUAUGACCAGAAGCGAGAAAAUUCAUUAAACAUUCUUGUAAAUAUAUUAAAAUAGAAAUAUAUUUCAAUAAAAACAACAAUUACAAUCGAUAGGACUAAUUUGUAAAAUAUAAAACUCUUUUAUUUUGUACAUUUAAAGGAAUUAGGACUCGUCAACAGUAAAUCUACAAUAGUGAAGUAGCGUCUAUGCGAGCCAACAUGGACGUUGGUGUGUCAUAAUUUUUACAAUAUCUUUUUAUUUCGUUAAAAAAUGGAGACAUUCAUCAGAUAUAGCAGAUCAGUGAGUGCUCAAUGAUUCUUUAAUAUAAUUGAUUCUUACCUUUAGGGGCAUUCUACAAUAAGCCGCUAGUCACUACUAUCAUACUAACUAAGAAUUGAC